CCUUCUCCUCUUUCCUUAGGUUUUUUCAUGGGUUUCUGCUCUGUAUUUCUGUUCCUAAUUCUCUGCUCUUUCGAAAAGGACAUUGCUCGGGCAGCAACAAGUCCAGAACCCCACCUUCUGCCACACACUACUCACACAGUUGAAGUAAACUCUCUUCUACCAGCAACCACCUGCACCCCCUCCACCAAAGGUCAUACCAAUGACAAGGCAACAAUAUUGGAAGCGGUACACAAGCAUGGGCCAUGCUCUAUAUUCCACAAAUCAUCCAAAACUUCAACCACAAAAAGUGAUGACAAAUACCACGCUCAAAUCCUCAAGCAAGACGAAGCCCGAGUCAACUCAAUCCACUCCCGCCUCAACUACAGAAUCCACGACCCAUUCACCCAAUCCGCCGCCGCCACCACCCUCCCAGCCAAGUCCGGUCUCCCUCUGGGUACAGGAAACUACUUAGUCACCGUCGCUCUCGGCACGCCCGCCAAGCAACUCUCCCUCGUCUUUGACACCGGCAGCGACCUCACCUGGACCCAAUGCCGCCCAUGUCUUCGAUCUUGUUACACACAGAGCGAGCCCAUCUUCGACCCUUCUCUCUCCGCCUCAUACAAAAACUUAUCCUGUACAUCCGCCACGUGUACUCAACUCUCAUCCGCCGGCAUCCAACACGGUUGCUCCUCCGCCUCGUCCUCCUGCCUUUACGGCAUCCGGUACGGAGACGGGUCCUUCUCCAUCGGGGAUUUCGCCAAAGAAAAGCUUACAUUGACCUCCACGGACGUUUUUGAAGGUUUCCUCUUCGGCUGUGGCCAAGACAACGAAGGCCUUUUCAACGGCACUGCCGGUUUGCUCGGUCUCGGCCGAAACAACAUCUCCCUCGUCGAACAAACCGCCAUGAAAUACAACCGCUUCUUCUCCUACUGCCUUCCGUCAACUUCCAGCUCCACCGGUCAUCUCACCUUCGGCAACGGAGGAGGCUCCGCUAACGGCGUCAAGUUCACCAAGCUCACCACGUUAUCCGAAAGAGCGUCGUCGUUUUAUGGCCUCGGCCUCACCGGCAUCAGCGUCGGCGGGCGCCAGCUGCCGGUUGCGUCCUCGGUCUUUUCGUCUUCGGGAACCAUCAUCGACUCGGGGACGGUGAUCACGAGGCUGCCGGCGACUGCGUACACGGCGUUGCGGAACGCGUUUCGGGAGGGUAUGAAAAACUACACGAUGACUCUGUCAUUUUCGCUGCUGGACACGUGUUACAAUUUCAGUGGUUACGAGACGGUGUCGUAUCCGAAUAUUGCGUUUGGAUUUGGGGACGGGAUUACGGUGGACUUGGACGCGGCCGGGAUAUUGUUGGCGGUAAGUGAUUCGCAGGCUUGCUUGGCGUUUGCGGGACACAAGGAUGAUACUGGCUUGGGAAUUAUUGGGAAUGUUCAACAGAAGAGGUUGGAGGUGGUGUAUGACGUGGCUGGUCAAAAAGUCGGAUUUGCCCCUGCAAGUUGCCCCUGAGUAAUGAACAUCGUCCAUGGCCAUGGGGCAUAAUUGUAACACAAACUGCUAGCUAUAGAAUAAAGCAUUGUGUUACAUAUUUUUCUGUAAUGGGAUUGUAUUGGGAAGUAUCCAAUUCUUACCUUUCCCCACUACUUGUAUAAAAUAGUCUAAUGACCAA